GCAAGCGAGGACGUGUGAGGUCACUUCCUGCGUGCAGGGUGGCUUCCUGCGGCGCUCCCACCUCCUCUCUCUUUUUCGUUGCCUGACCGCCGCCAUCAUGGGUCGCAUGCACGCUCCGGGGAAGGGCCUGUCCCAGUCGGCUCUGCCCUACCGCCGCAGCGUCCCCACCUGGCUGAAGCUGACGUCUGACGACGUGAAGGAGCAGAUCUACAAGCUGGCCAAGAAGGGCCUGACUCCCUCACAGAUCGGUGUGAUCCUGAGAGACUCACACGGUGUUGCACAAGUACGUUUUGUGACAGGCAAUAAAAUCUUGAGGAUUCUUAAGUCCAAAGGACUUGCUCCUGAUCUUCCUGAGGAUCUCUACCAUUUAAUUAAGAAAGCUGUUGCUGUUCGAAAGCAUCUUGAAAGGAACAGAAAGGAUAAAGAUGCUAAAUUCCGUCUGAUUCUGAUUGAGAGCCGUAUUCACCGGUUGGCUCGAUAUUAUAAGACCAAACGAGUCCUUCCCCCAAAUUGGAAAUACGAGUCAUCCACAGCCUCUGCCCUGGUUGCAUAAACUUGUUGGUUUUAUGCAAAACAAUAAAAUCAUUGUUUAAUUAGAA